AGCGCCGGGCGGGGCUGGGCGGGGCGCGGCGGUAGCGGCCGGGGCGGCGGCUGCCUGCAGCUGUCAGCGCCCGCUCCUCGGGGGCCGGGUCGGGCCCGUCAGCUCCUCACGGGAAGCACCGAAGGCGCGGCGGUGCCCGCUCUCUUUCUCCUCGCUAAAACCCUUUUCCUUCCGCCCGCCCGUCGCUGACAUCCUCCUCCGGCCGCCUCCUCUCCCCGGGCUGCGCGGCCCCCGCCGCCUCAGCGAGCGCUGCGCACAUCCGAGCCUGCAGCACCGAGCGAAUGUAUGAAAACAUGUCCACAAUGGUGUAUCUAAAGGAAGAGAAGUUGGAGAAGCUCACUCAAGAUGAAAUCAUUGCCAAAACUAAGCAAGUGAUUAAUGGACUGGAGGCAUUGAAGAAUGAACACAAUUCAAUUUUACAGAGCUUACUUGAAACACUGAAAUGUUUGAAGAAAGAUGAUGAAACGAAUCUGGUUGAAGAAAAAUCAAACAUGAUUCGAAAGUCACUGGAGAUGCUGGAGCUCGGCCUUAGUGAAGCACAGGUAAUGAUGGCCUUGUCAAAUCACUUAAAUGCAGUGGAAUCAGAGAAGCAAAAACUGCGUGCUCAGGUUCGCCGACUGUGUCAGGAAAAUCAGUGGCUACGGGAUGAACUGGCCAAUACACAACAGAAACUACAGAAAAGUGAGCAAUCUGUGGCUCAGCUGGAGGAAGAGAAGAAGCAUCUAGAAUUCAUGAAUCAAUUAAAAAAAUAUGAUGAUGAUAUUUCACCAUCAGAGGAUAAAGAUACGGAUUCCACCAAAGAGCCUUUGGAUGACUUGUUUCCCAAUGAUGAAGAUGACCAAGGACAGGGAAUUCAACAGCAGCAUAGCAGUGCAGCAGCUGCUGCCCAACAAGGUGGCUAUGAAAUUCCAGCAAGAUUAAGGACCCUUCAUAAUCUUGUUAUUCAGUACGCUUCCCAAGGUAGAUAUGAGGUUGCUGUACCUCUUUGUAAACAAGCUCUUGAAGAUCUGGAGAAGACUUCAGGCCAUGACCAUCCUGACGUUGCCACUAUGUUGAACAUACUUGCUUUGGUGUACAGAGACCAGAACAAAUACAAAGACGCAGCAAAUCUCCUGAAUGAUGCCUUGGCUAUCCGUGAAAAGACUUUGGGCAAAGAUCAUCCAGCGGUGGCAGCAACUCUAAACAAUCUUGCAGUUCUUUAUGGUAAACGGGGAAAGUACAAAGAAGCUGAACCUUUGUGUAAGCGAGCUCUGGAAAUCAGAGAAAAGGUCUUGGGGAAAGAUCACCCCGAUGUUGCCAAACAGUUAAAUAACUUGGCUUUACUAUGCCAGAACCAGGGUAAAUAUGAGGAGGUAGAAUAUUACUAUCAGAGAGCACUGGAAAUUUACCAAACUAAGCUGGGACCAGAUGAUCCAAAUGUUGCAAAAACAAAGAAUAACCUGGCAUCCUGCUACCUAAAACAGGGCAAAUUUAAGCAGGCGGAAACUUUGUACAAAGAGAUUCUUACUCGUGCUCAUGAACGGGAAUUUGGCUCUGUAGAUGAUGAAAAUAAGCCUAUUUGGAUGCAUGCAGAAGAGAGGGAAGAGUGCAAAGGAAAGCAAAAAGAUGGCACAUCUUUUGGAGAAUAUGGUGGCUGGUACAAAGCUUGCAAAGUUGAUAGUCCAACAGUAACAACUACAUUGAAGAACCUUGGGGCACUUUACAGACGACAAGGCAAAUUUGAAGCUGCUGAAACAUUAGAAGAGGCAGCAAUGAGAUCUCGUAAACAGGGUCUUGACAAUGUUCAUAAACAGAGAGUUGCUGAAGUGCUCAAUGAUCCUGAGAGCAUAGAAAAAAGGCGAAGCAGAGAAAGUCUCAAUGUUGAUGUGGUAAAGUACGAGAGUGGUCCUGAUGGAGGCGAGGAAGUGAGUAUGAGCGUAGAAUGGAAUGGGGAUGGCACUGGAUCUUUAAAACGCAGUGGUUCCUUUAGCAAACUUCGAGCUUCCAUUAGACGCAGCAGCGAGAAGCUGGUUAGAAAGCUGAAGGGAGGAAGUUCACGAGACAGUGAACCCAAGAAUCCAGGCAUGAAGCGUGCCAGUUCUCUGAAUGUUCUUAACAUGGGUGGCAAGGCUGCUGAAGAUCACUUUCAAGAACGAAAUAAUUGUCUGACAGACUCGAGAGCUCUGAGUGUCAGUCAAACUGAUUUGGCGCAUUGAGAUUCUUGGAAAGAAGCUAGCUAAUAUUCCUUUGUGAAUAAAGAAGCACUGAGAUCUUCAAAGCUUUGGUUCCUCAUCAUUAUGUACAGGAACACAUAGUUCAUAGAUUUUUUUUUCGGUUUUGCAAUGGACUGCCAUUAUUACUUCUCUAAAUAGGGAUAAUUUAAAACAUGGCGUAGGUGGGUAUUUUCUUCUGAAAGAAAACUAUAUAUAGGUAUAUAUUGCUCAUUGCACUGCUCCCAUUCGUGUUACUUACAUCGAUUUCUUUAGGGAGUCUGAGUAAAACAGCAGCCAAACAACUGUAAAAACACAAACAUAUUUAAAGCAUACCAAAAGGCAGAGAUGUUUGAAAAUGACGGCAAAAUGAAAUGUGUAGUAGUAAAUAUAUAAAGUAUAAAGUGCUGGAGAAAAGAAUAAGUUGUGUGCAUUACUGUAUCCAUUCGAACUGAACAUACUGUAUUGGUGGGGCUGUCCAUCGCUCCACUGAUUAUUUUAAUGUUAAAGACCUUAGCUAGCAAAGCAGCACUUAAACAUGGAUUCCUUAACCACUAGAUUGAGCUAACACGUUUUAUAAGAGUUGACUGGGAUCAUGUUACAUAUAGCAUGAAUAGGAAUUCCUGUGACCAUAACUUAGAUACCCAUUGAUAAAAGUCUUAGGGCACAAUAAUGGAUGGAGAUAGGACAGCCCAAGCUGAUGAGGACAAAUGGAAAAUAUUUUGGCCUUUGUCUUGUAUGGUGAAAGGACAACUGAAAUUCUGGACUGCAUCUGUCCCAGGGCAGCUGCUGUUGCUCCUGGGGAAAUACCACCUCAGGUUGACUUUCUUGCUUGUCCACUGGAAUUUGGUCCCUGUUCUCUGCGUGCUCCAAGUGCUCUGGCAUUUCCCUGUGCAGAUCCCAAAUGCUGCCUUUCUCCACAAUAGCUGAUGUCAGCAGAAGCGGGCAGCUGCAGGCCAGGCUGCUGUGCUGGGAGCAGCUGCUGAGCAAAAGACCACUCCAACCUUAAGGGCCCAGUGGAAGCACGGGAUGGCCAUCGGUGGCAGGCAACUUCUUUGGCCACGCAGCCGUGUUACAUCUACUUACAGUUACAUGUAUGCUGUUUGUAUAAAGGACUGCUGCUGGAACCAAGUAUGUAAGUUUUAAGUGUUCCAUAGACACUAGUAUUUCCUUUUGCUUUUCUGUAAAGCUUGUGAUUUUGUUCAUCUUUUGUAAAAACUUUUAUUUGUGUGAAGCUGGUUGAAAAGUUUUUUUUUUUUUUUUUAAGUAGAAAUGUAUUCGUGGUCAUAGUUGUGAGUUAGAAAAUGCAGAACAAACUUAGGGAAAGCUGGAAUACCCAUUCAGGAUCAGCACUGACUGAAGGAGCUGAGAGACAAGUUUUAGUGCUUGAACAGGCUGUGAAGAGUCUUUAGAAUUAGAACUUGUUAGAAGUAUUCCUCUGCUUUGGCAUCUGGUUCUGAGCUGUGUUACAGUAACUGAUGUGUACUGCUGCAUAUGUAAUGCACUCGCCUAUGUUUACCAGGAGGUACCUGUCAGCAUCUCUCUAAAGAAAGCUGCACAUGGUGCACCUGCUGCAAGGACAGUUUAGAGAUGGUGAGAUACAAUGCUGCUAAUAUGUAGAAGUUUAGCACAGAGUAGUGCAAUUCAUUAAUGAACUUGAGCAAGAACAAGUUGUUGCUCAGUUAUCUUAACAAUAUAUACUCAUAUAAUGUAGACUCUUGAGUUUUAAUCUUUUAUUAAAGAGCUUUUUAUAUUAAAAAUAUAUAUAUCUAAUAUAUACUUAUUUUUUCCCUAAAACAAAAUGUGCUCUGUGCACCCACCAGUACCUUUACGUCUCUGCAGAGAGACAGGCUGAGCACUGUGCACAGAGCCCUGUGCUGGCUGCUCAGCAGGGGUAGCUGUGCCCUGUGCCAGCUCCCACUGCAGUGCUGCCGGCCCGUGGGCAGUUCCUGUGAUAAGCUCUGACUGCAAACACCCCAGGGAGUCCCUCUGUUCCACAGCAGUACUGUGCUACUGCUAUAGGACUGGCUCAGUGGGCCUUCCAACAGUGUUCUGUAGAGUUAAGUGUUUCACUUUGAGGCGUUUCUAGAAGCCUCACUUACUUAAAAAUAAUUAAAAAAACAAAACAAAAACAACAGCUAUUUGGACACAGAACUGAGUUUGGCAAUAAGGAGCUAUUUGAAAGAAAUGGAAUAUUUUCAAACAGUUUUGUCUUCAACAUUGAAAGAAGACUCUUUGCAGACUCAAAAGUUUAAAUGGAAACACAGAACUUUGUUAAUGAUCAAAUGUACGUGAAGUUUCCAAAAUGACCACAGUGUGUGAGCUUUCUCAUUGAGGGCUGCACACAACUCUUACUGUUGCUAGUUUUACCAGUACUGUGCUUUUACAUGUUUUAAACUCUUAUGUUUUGAAGUGUGUUGGAAGGUAAGUCUGAAUUGCUUGAGCUACGGUGUACUCAACAAUUCUUAUAUUUAAAUAGUUUUCUAGAAAAGAAACCCAAAUUUCCUAAAUCCCAAAGGAUGAUGGCCAAGCACUUAGAGAAGGUCUUACAGCUGUGAGGCAGUGUGCUGUUUGUAAUGUGAGAGAAACUUCUACCAUGCAAAAACAAACUUAGAUUCGACUUGAAGUCCUUGUGUUCCCAUCAGGGAUCAGCUACUGCCAUGGCUUGGCUCUCACACACUGCAGUUUCAGGUGGGCUGCUUAGUUUGCUUUUACAUAGGAUUUUCUUUAUGAAUUCCCUGUUCUGGUUGUAGCUAGCAGUCUGUUAAAGUACAAGACCAAAAAACCCAACUGUUUAAUUUUCUUGGACAUCUUCAGUACCACAUUUAAAUCAACAGGUCUGAAGCCAAAAGCUGAAGAAGGCCUUUGGAAUGGACAGGCAUCUUGGCAGGAGAACUGCAGCCUUGGUAGUACCGCUGGUUUUUAAUCUGGCAUGUGUUUCCUUGCUCAGAAUCAUAAAGCUGAACUUUUAUUAUAAAGGUUACAAGAAGUUGAGGUUAUGCCCAUGCCUCUCCUGUUUGCAGCGGCUCACUGAGGCUGGUGUGCUGCAUGUAGGAACAAUCGUAUGCAAACCAUGGACUGAAAGCUGCCUGUUGCCUUUCCCUCUGGUUGUGCAGUAGUCUUCAACAACACUGGCAACCUUUAUUCUUGAGUUUGGAUUGUUAGUUCUUAGUGUAAAAUGUAACCGUUUCAAGAUCAGCUCUUCCAGAGGAGUUACCAGGCUGCUUUGAUGGCUGUGCUUGUAGUGCUGCAAGGAUGGAGCACAGCGGUUAAGCAAUAGAAAAGCAAUGGGAUGUAUCUGAGUUUGUAUCUUUUCUUAAAACAAAAGUCCCCAAACUUUCCAGAACUGCAGUAAAUUAGAAUUGGUUUUAAGCUUGAGAAAUAUUUGUCUAGUAAUUUUGAAAAGUGUGGUUCUGUUGCAAGUAUGUAGUAAAAGAUGUGUAGUGCUUCAUCAAAAGUGUGUUCACUGUGAGAGGAGCUCCAGUAUUAGUGAUGUAUUGUUGAUAUAUUAUUGAUG